ACUGUCGUGAAAGGGGGCGGGGUGCGCCGCGCUGAGGACUGACGUAGGAGGCGCGCGUCGCUUCGGUGGCGGCUGGCAGGGUGUGGGCGCCAUGGAACGGUACUCCGGCGCCUUGGAGGAGGCGGUGGACGGAGCCCGGCAGCAGGAGCGGCACUACCAGUUACUGUCGGCGCUGCAGGGCCUGGUUAAGGAGCUGCCCAGCUCCUUCCAGCAGCGCCUGUCCUACACCACCCUCAGCGACCUGGCCCUGGCGCUCCUCGACGGCACCGUCUUCGAGAUCGUGCAGGGGCUGCUGGACAUCCAGCACCUCACCGAGAAGAGCCUGUACAACCAGCGCCUGCGGCUGCAGAACGAGCACCGAGUGCUCAGGCAGGCGCUGCGGCAGAAACACCAGGAAGCCCAACAGGCCUGCCGGCCCCACAACCUGCCUGUGCUCCAGGCGGCCCAGCAGCGUGAGCUAGAGGCGGUGGAGCACCGGAUCCGUGAGGAGCAGCGGGCGAUGGACCAGAAGAUUGUCCUGGAGCUGGACCGGAAGGUGGCGGACCAACAGAGCACACUGGAGAAGGCAGGGGUCGCCGGCUUCUAUGUGACCACCAACCCGCAGGAGCUGACGCUGCAGAUGAACCUAUUGGAACUCAUCCGGAAGCUGCAGCAGAGGGGCUGCCAGGUGGGGAAGGUGGCACUAUGACCCGGCAGGGUUUCUGCCAGUGACCCGCUGCCCAUCUUGGCUGGGAAGACAGCCCUGUCCCACAGUCACCAAAGGCAGCAGAAAGCUGAGUGGCGCUCAUCUUCCUGAAGUCUGGCCACCACCCUCCCAGCUGCUUGCAGGAGGGGCACCCCGUGAGGAGAAGCUAGGUGGACCUGGGCUGCGUCUGCCACCCACCUUCACCUGGGCUUUUUUGUCCAAAGCUAGGGUGGGAAGGUAAAGGGAAGAGUGGGCCCAGCCUUCCGGCUGUCUGCCCCAGGCUUCUGAUGUUUUCUGCUCUCGGCCCCUCCCUUGGCAGGUGCAGCCCCUGAGUAGGAAAGGCUCAUGAGCUGCAUGUGACCCCAAGAAAUAAAGACGCCUCAGCAUGGCCUGCA